AUGGAACUUAACGAAAGAAUUCUGCAUUAUUUAGAUAAAAAUGAUAAAGUAGACACUAUUAAGUUAGCUAGCGAAUUUGAAGAAGACCAUCAAAAAAUAGUUGGUGCCGUGAAAAGUUUGGAGGCUCUUGAGAUGGUUGUGUCUGAGCCUACGAAGAGUACUAGAUGGGAGUUAACUGGGGAAGGCCAACAGGUUGCCGAUUUAGGAAGUCACGAAGCAGUGUUGUACAACCAUAUCCCUGAAACCGGCAUGCCACAAGCAGAAGUUAUGAAGACAGUUCCAAAUGCAAAAGUGGGAUUCAGUAAAGCCAUGUCAGCGGGCUGGAUUUACUUAGAUAAAUCCGGAGGAGCACCACUAGUCAAGCGUAAAGUAGAUACAAUAGUUGACACAGUGCAGGAACACCUGAAUGAAGUUAAAAAGGGUAUUGACAAUCUGACAACAAAUGUACGAAAUGACUACAAGAAACGGAAGCUGCUGCAAGAAGUCACUCUCAAAAGUUUCCUGUUAUCCAAAGGACCGCAGUUCUCCACAACUAUUAAGAAACUGGAAACUGAUUUAACUAGUGAAAUGCUGCUAACUGGUGCAUGGAAAACCUUGCAGUUCAAACCUUACAAUUUUGAUGCUUUAGGUCAGCCACCAGAAUGUGGUCACCUUCAUCCACUGCUCAAAGUACGGUCAGAAUUCAGGGAGAUUUUCUUAGAAAUGGGAUUCACUGAAAUGCCUACCAACCAGUAUAUUGAGAGUUCUUUCUGGAACUUCGAUGCUCUCUUCCAACCGCAGCAGCACCCAGCCAGGGAUGCGCACGACACAUUCUUCAUGUCCUCACCAGCAACCACUACGCAGUUUCCCAUGGAAUAUCUAGAACGGGUGAAGAAAGUGCAUAGUGAAGGAGGCUAUGGGUCACAGGGUUACAGAUACGACUGGAAGAUAGAGGAAGCUCAGAAGAACCUACUGCGGACACACACGACGGCCGUCAGUGCACGGAUGCUGUACAAACUGGCGCAGCAGAAAGAGUUCACUCCACAGAAGUAUUUCAGUAUUGAUAAGGUGUUCCGUAACGAGACAUUGGAUGCGACGCAUCUAGCUGAAUUCCACCAAGUGGAAGGUGUUAUAGCUGACCAUGGUCUCGGACUGGCAGACCUCAUCAGUGUGUUGGAUACCUUCUUCAAACGCCUUGGCUUCGACAAAUUGCAGUUCAAACCAGCCUACAAUCCUUACACUGAACCCAGCAUGGAGAUAUUUGCUUAUCACACCGGUCUCGGUAAAUGGAUUGAAAUCGGAAAUUCCGGUGUUUUCCGACCGGAAAUGCUUUUGCCGAUGGGUCUUCCAGAAGAUGUGAAUGUAAUCGCUUGGGGUCUUUCGUUAGAACGACCGACGAUGAUCAAAUACGGACUGAACAACAUUAGGGACCUUGUCGGUCCCAAAGUGGAUCUACAGAUGGUGCAGAACAACCCUAUAUGUAGGCUUGAUAAGUAA